AUGGCGCUGCUGGCUGAACACCUGCUGAAGCCGCUGCCCAUGGACAAGCAGAUCGAGACCAGGCCCUUCCUGGAGGUGGUGUCCCACCUGCCGCCCUUCUUUGACUGCCUUGGGUCCCCAGUGUUUACACCCAUCAAGGCAGACAUAAGUGUUAACAUGAAAAUCAAAGCGGAGUACACCAACCCAGCCAAGUUCCGAACCCUGCAGAACAUCCUGGAGACGGAGAAGGAAAUGUAUGGAGCAGAGUGGCCCAAAGUGGGAGCCACACUGGACCUGAUGUGUCUGAAAAGGAGUCUCUGCUUCAUCUAG